AUGCAAAAAGAAGCCACUAAUACAAAUAAAGGUGAUGUAAUAUCGAGGAUCUCGAUUCACAAUAAUUUGAAUGGUAGAAUAAUCGAUAAAGAAGAUAAUACGAUCAAGAGAAUUAUGCCUGAGACUGAAACGAAAAUCACUAUAUCUAGUAUAAAUUAUAUCAACAGCAUUGACUGCGAAAGGCUAAUUACUGUUAAAGACUCAAUAGAGAAUAUUUCCAAAGCAGAACCUAAAAUCAGUACAAAACUUCGACAGAGCUUUGAAAAUGAUCUUCAAUCAAUGGCUCCUCCAACCGUUAUGUCCCCCGGACUUCAUCCGAUGGCUUUUCCAGGUCGCGGUAGUCCAACUAGUACUAUCCCACCAAUCAACUCUGCCCUGGCUGCUGAUGUUCAAGAAACCGCAUGUUAGGGUUCAAAUAUCCGUAGUAUGAUUAGAUUUAGCGGUGUGUAAGUUAAAGUUGCAUCCAACAAAAAUGAAAAGCCAAGAUCAUCUAGUGAUACAAACAGUGCUCAACAAGCAAGCCAAAAAUUGACAAUCAUUGGUACAGCUGAAGCCCAAUGGAAGUCUCAAGGUAUGGUAUUUGACAAAUUACGGGACGAAAGUUUUGUUGCAGCUACUACAAAAGUUAGUUUGACUUUAAAUAUAUUAGUACCUAGUAGUCAAGUUUUUCGUGUAAUUGGUCGCGAUGGAACAAACGUUCUAAGUCUAUAGUUACCUAUUGUUCCGUAACACGUGAAAACAAAUUGCAACAUUGGAAACAUAGCGUACACAUUUAGGCAAUAAAAUAACAACAACAUUGAUAAACAACUGGACUAAACUGAGUCCACACUGAUAAACUUGUAGCUAUAUUUUGUUGCCUGUUAACCAAUUUAUUAUAAUAUUUUUAUAUUGUUUUGUGGUAAAAUGUAUCGCUUUCAAUCAAAACAUAAAACAAUGAGAAAUUUUUGUUGCUUGCAACAAAAUAUUGAUGAAACAUUUAGUAACUUCUGAAACUUUAGUUGUGUCAACAUACUUUGACUUAAAAAGUUGUUAUACGUUGCUUUAGUAUGGAUCGAACUUUACAGGUCACUUCUUAGGUACUCAAUCGGCUCAAGAAUCCGUUCAAUGGUUGCAACUGGAGUCAAUCCUAUGCCGUUUACAUUAUAAUAAAACAACAGAAACACCGCAACAGUGA